AUGGACCAACAUCACGACCCCUAUGAUACAUCUGAUGAUCUGCCUGUUCGAAAGCUCAACAACCACGAUUUGACCAGUGUGGAGACCCUCCAUGUACCUCAAACCAUUAUCCGCGAAGCAAGCAGUGCUGAGACCCUGAAUUUCGCCAAUGCCAACCCCACUCGACUGCCCAAAAAGGACUCGGGCUGGAGCAUGAAACCACAAGUCAUCCGGAAUGCAGAGAGAGACCAAGCCGCCGGGUUCAAAAGGCGUGAGCUCGGUGUUACAUGGCAAGACCUAACUGUCGACGUCCUUGCCGCCGAGGCGGCCGUCAACGAAAACAUGAUCUCGCAAUUCAACAUCCCUCAGUUAAUCAGGGAUCUCCGCCGCAAACCACCACUCAAAUCUAUAUUGUCAGAGAGCCAUGGCUGCGUUAAACCUGGCGAAAUGCUCCUUGUUUUGGGCCGGCCUGGCUCAGGAUGCACCACGCUUCUCAAGAUGCUUUCAAACCGCCAUGAGGGUUACCAUACUAUAAAGGGUGACGUGCGUUUUGGAAACAUGAAUGCUUCAGAAGCCGAGAAAUAUAAUGGUCAGAUCGUGAUGAACACAGAAGAAGAGCUGUUCUACCCCCGAUUGACUGUCGGUCAGACCAUGGACUUUGCGACAAGAAUGAAAGUCCCAUUCCAUCUACCGGAUGGAACCCAAAGUGCUGCAAACCAUACCGCUGAGACGAAGCAGUUUCUUUUGGAAUCCAUGGGAAUCGCACACACAGCCGAUACAAAAGUCGGAAACGAAUUUGUCCGUGGUGUAUCUGGUGGUGAACGGAAACGAGUAUCCAUUAUCGAGUGCCUUGCCACUCGGGGUUCUAUCUACUCUUGGGAUAAUAGUACUCGUGGCUUGGAUGCUAGUACUGCAUUGGAGUGGGCAAAAGCUCUUCGUGCCAUGACUGAUGUCCUGGGUCUGUCCACUAUUGUGACCUUGUACCAAGCUGGAAACGGAAUUUAUAACCUCUUCGACAAAGUCUUGGUCCUCGACGAGGGCAAGCAAAUUUACUAUGGCCCUGCAGCUGAAGCGAAGCCUUUCAUGGAAGAUCUUGGAUUUGUUUACACUGAUGGAGCGAAUAUCGGCGAUUUCCUGACUGGUUUGACUGUUCCGACAGAGCGGAGAAUCAGACCAGGCUGCGAACAUACAUUCCCUAGAAAUGCUGAUGCCAUUCUGGCGGAAUACCAAAAGUCUGAGACUUAUAAAAAGAUGGUAUCAGCAUAUGACUAUCCCGACAGCGAGCUUAGCCGUGAGCGCACGGAUGCGUUCAAGGAAUCCGUUGCGUGGGAAAAAUCGAAGCAUCUCCCCAAGGGGAGCAGUUUGACCACUAGCUUCUGGGCUCAGGUCAGCGCAUGCACCAGUCGACAGUAUCAGAUCUUAUGGGGUGAGAAAUCAACCUUUUUGAUCAAACAGGUUUUGUCGUGCGUGAUGGCCUUGAUCGCUGGUUCAUGCUUUUAUGAUUCCCCAAACACCUCUGAAGGUCUGUUCACCAAAGGUGGAGCGGUUUUCUUUUCCCUGUUGUACAACUGCAUUGUGGCUAUGUCUGAGGUUACCGAAUCCUUCAAGGGUCGUCCAGUUUUGGUUAAGCACAAGUCAUUUGCAAUGUAUCACCCGGCUGCGUUUUGCUUGGCUCAAAUCACAGCCGACUUUCCGGUGUUGUUGUUCCAGUGCUCGAUAUUUUCGGUUGUGAUAUAUUGGAUGUCUGGCCUCAAGCACACUGCGGCUGCAUUCUUCACAUUUUGGAUCAUAUUGUUCACCACAACAUUGUGCAUUACCGCUUUGUUCAGAUUCAUUGGAGCCGCCUUUAGUACAUUUGAGGCCGCGUCCAAGAUCUCAGGAACUGCCGUCAAGGGGAUUGUCAUGUAUGCUGGUUACAUGAUCCCAAAGCCUAAGAUGAAGAACUGGUUCCUCGAGUUGUACUACACAAACCCCUUUGCCUACGCAUUUCAAGCUACAAUGUCCAACGAGUUUCACGACCAGCAUAUCCCCUGUGUUGGUAUGAAUUUGAUACCGAGCGGUCCUGGUUAUGAGGAUGUUGGAUCUGCCAACAAAGCUUGUGCGGGUAUUGGUGGCGCUUCGCCAGGUGCAGAUUAUGUCACUGGUGAUCAGUACCUUGGAUCACUUCAUUACAAGUACUCUCAGAUGUGGAGGAACUUUGGUGUCGUUUGGGGGUGGUGGGGAUUCUUCGCCAUUCUUACCAUCAUUUGCACAACGUACUGGAAAUCGGGUGGUGCAUCUGGUGCUUCCCUUCUCAUUCCCCGUGAGAACCUGAAGAAGCACCAUGCCGCCAGCUCUGAUGAAGAGGCAAACAACAGAGAAAAGACCACUGCGCGAGAGACCACCGAUGAGCCCGUUGAGGUUGAUGAAAACCUUUCCCGAAACACGUCUAUCUUCACCUGGAGAAAUCUCACGUAUACCGUCAAAACUCCCUCCGGCGAUCGAGUGCUGUUGGAUAAUAUCCACGGCUGGGUUAAACCCGGCAUGCUCGGUGCCCUCAUGGGGUCUUCCGGUGCCGGAAAAACGACCCUUCUCGACGUUCUUGCCCAGAGAAAGACAGACGGUACCAUUAAAGGAUCUAUCAUGGUUGAUGGACGACCACUUCCGGUGUCUUUCCAGAGAAUGGCUGGAUAUUGUGAACAGUUGGAUGUUCAUGAGCCAUACGCGACCGUGAGAGAAGCCCUAGAGUUCUCUGCUCUUCUACGCCAAUCUCGCAACAUCCCAAAGGCAGAAAAGCUUAAGUAUGUUGACACCAUCAUUGAUCUUCUAGAGCUCCAUGACCUAGCAGAUACCCUUGUCGGUUCUGUAGGCAAUGGACUCAGCGUCGAGCAAAGGAAGCGUGUCACAAUUGGCGUGGAACUAGUAUCCAAGCCUAGCAUUUUGAUCUUCUUGGACGAGCCCACAUCCGGUCUUGAUGGACAAUCAGCCUAUAACACAGUGCGUUUCCUUCGCAAGUUAGCUGACGUGGGUCAGGCCAUUUUGGUCACAAUCCAUCAGCCCUCGGCGCAGCUCUUUGCUCAAUUUGAUACCCUUCUCCUCCUCGCAAAGGGUGGAAAGACUGUCUACUUCGGAGACAUUGGCGAGAACGCGGCUAUUAUUAAGCAAUACUUCGGUCAGUACGGGGCUCAGUGCCCUACCGAGGCCAACGCAGCUGAGUUCAUGAUUGAUGUGGUCACGGGUGGUAUCGAGGCCGUCAAGGACAAGGACUGGCAUCAGAUCUGGCUCGAUUCCCCCGAACAAUCACGAAUGAUCCAGGAAUUGGACGGGAUGCUUGAAGAGGCGGCUGCUAAGCCGCCAGGCACAGUUGAUGAUGGAUUUGAAUUCUCAAUGCCUCUCUGGGAGCAGACCAAAAUUGUCACUCACCGCAUGAACGUUGCGCUUUUCCGGAACACCAACUACAUCAACAACAAAUUCUCCCUUCAUAUCAUUUCAGCUUUACUCAACGGCUUCUCCUUCUGGCGUCCCGGUCCAAGUGUGGCGGCCUUGAAUUUGAAGAUGUUCACGAUCUUUAAUUUUGUCUUCGUUGCUCCCGGUGUCAUCAACCAGCUUCAGCCACUAUUCAUCCAACGUCGUGACAUAUAUGAUGCUCGCGAAAAGAAGUCCAAGAUGUACUCAUGGGUCGCGUUUGUUACAGGACUCAUUGUUUCCGAGUUUCCGUAUCUCUGCAUUUGUGCAGUUCUUUAUUUUGCGUGCUGGUACUACCCCGUUUGGAGGCUGCCUCACGACUCAGACCGAUCUGGAGCUAUCUUCUUCAUUAUGCUAAUAUACGAGCUGAUUUAUACUGGAAUCGGCCAGUUUGUUGCAGCUUAUUCCCCCAACCCGACCUUUGCUGCGCUGGUGAACCCUUUGGUGAUCAGUUUCCUUGUCCUCUUCUGUGGCGUCUUUGUCCCGUACGACCAGCUCAACGUCUUCUGGAGGUACUGGUUGUACUACCUCAAUCCAUUCAACUACGUUGUCUCCGGAAUGUUGACCUUUGGCAUCUGGGAUGCGAAGGUAACUUGCAACGAGGAUGAGUUUGCGUACUUCGACCCGACAAACGGAACCUGCGCACAGUACCUGUCAGACUAUAUGGCGGGCGAUGGUUGGAAAAUUAACCUGCUCAACCCUGAUGCUACCUCAGCAUGCAAGGUCUGCCAAUAUAAAAAUGGAAGCGACUUCCUGACAACUCUCAACAUCAAUCAUUACUAUGUUGGAUGGAGAGAUGCAGCUAUUUGUGUGAUCUUCGCCAUCAGUGGAUACGCCUUGGUGUUUGCAUUGAUGAAGUUGAGAACCAAGGCUUCGAAGAAAGCCGAAUAG